UUCAGACGAUAGAAAAAAAGAGAACAAGGGAAAGAGACAACGGCAAAGUUAAUACUUUUGAACAUUUUUUCCAUCUACCUAAAUAUGUACCUACACACAUAAAAGUACAUUCCUCGACAUGUAAAGAAACAACCUCAGAACUUACGCCUUACGCCAUACGCCUUCACAGGAAAUAUAGACAUGUCAUCGAGCGCAGGCGUCAGUCUUCCCCACCGCGCUGUGUCUAACAUACGUGCUGGCGACCGUUCGUCAAGUCAGGCACUUCCCAACGCUCCUCAUACCCCCAACCGACCUAUAGUCUCCUCGUCUUUUGGCUCCCCUUCUACUCUACGCGCCGACGAUGAAGUUAUCGUUAUUGAGCUAGGUUCCCGGAAGUUGCGACUUGGUUUUGCCGGCGACUCAACUCCCAAAAGGAUUGGGUCAUUUGGCCCAGAGCAGCAGAGACGUGCUGGUGACUUUAGGGCCUGGGAACCCGGUUAUCAUGCUGACUGGCGCAAUAGAGCGUCGGGAAAGCCUUGGGGAGCUGAUCAUGAGUUGUGGCAAUUGGACGUGAGAGGUCACAAUCUGGGUUUGGUUGGAGACAAGCUCGAGCGCGAGCUUAGAGAUGCUUUUACAAAGUACCUCCUCAUUGACUCCCGUCCAAGAAGAGUAACUCUGAUUAUACCACCAACGCUGCCUAUACCACUCAUUUCUACCGUUUUUGACACCAUCUUCUACCGCUUCCAAUCGCCUUCCAUAUCACUUCUCUCGUCGCCUAUCAUGUCUACCCUGGCUGCUGGCACUCGGUCGGGUCUGAUCAUUGAUAUGGGUUGGCACGAAACCACAAUCACCGCCGUAUACGAGUUCAAAGAGGUGCGCACUUGGAGAACCGUCAGAGCUGGCAAGCUGUUGGUGAAAGAGACGUAUGAGUUUUUGACAAACAUCAUCCGUGGCCGACCAGCAAUGGCCCGCACGGAACGCACCGAGGAUAGGCUCGAAGAGCAUGUUGUGAGCUUCGAGGAAUGCGAAGAGGUCGCCACUCGCAUGCUUUGGUGCAAGAGACCUACGAGGGAGCCAGCACAAGACACCUCCGAAGGGUUACCAACACUUCACGAACAAGAUGAACAAGAUGAAUCAGAGACAGUUGCUCCAGCAGACGACCACUCGCCCAUGUCCAUAACUCUCAACUCUUGUUGCCCACCAAAAACGGUAGAUGUACCAUUUUUAGAACUAGCCGAAACAUGCGAGGCUGUCUUUUUUGAACCUCAGGUAUCACCAUACUAUUUUGAUGACCACGAGGUGCCGGUGCACCUAUUGGCCUAUCGAGCUUUGCUACAGCUGCCACUAGAUGUUCGCGCUAUCUGCAUGUCGCGUAUCAUCUUCAUGGGCGGGUGCUCGAACAUAAUCGGGCUUAAAGGGCGCAUCUUCGACGAAAUUUGUUUGUUAGUCAAGGAACGGGGGUGGGACCCGAUUAGAGGAAAGGGCGUUGAUCAGUACAAGGAGAAUACAAAAUUACAACGAGGUGGUAGCCGAAAAGCUAGCGAAGGCCCUGUAGCGACGGCAGCGGCAGCGACGACGACGACGACGACGACAACGACACCAGCCGAGAGUCCAAGCAACGCCGAGGGAAACGAGGCAACGCCACCAGCGAAUCCAGCGCAUACGCCCUCUGAGGUUGACCACGUAGAAGAGAUGAUCAAGAAGGACAGGAACUACAAGCCCGUGGUACAGGGCACACUUCGAGUGCUGGAUUCACUGGGCCCAUGGUGCGGAGCAAGUAUGGCAACACAGCUCAAGAUUCCGGCUCUGGCUACAGUCGAACGUGAGCUUUGGCUCCAACAAGGGGCCAACGGAGCAUGUCGACCAAAUGAGGUAGACGUCAAGAUGCAGCAGAGACAGAGUAUGGGUGCUGGAGGUCUGAUUAGAAGCCAGGCCUCCCAGGCUAGUAACAACUGGACUCUGGGAGUAUGGGGUGCGAUUUAGAUUGUUCUGAAGUAGUCUAAGGAUGACGUCGUCCUCUCUUUUUUUCGGAUACGGACAAUGGAGGUAAGAAAGGGGAAUUGUUACGAAUAUUUGAUUGUACUACUAGUAGUAGAGAUACCCUAUCACGUAUGAAGGAAGUCAAUGUGGGUGGGACUAUACAUGUACAUACCUACAUGUCACCUUAAUAUGGUACCUUCAACUAGUGUACCUUGGGUGUGUGACACUGUGUGUAGGAGCCUAGGAGGGAAUCGGGAUAAGGGAAGUGGAGAGUUGGGGCUACCCCCUGCAAGAUGCGGGGGAGGGUACAAAAUGUACCUACUCCAAAAAAGAAGAAAGUUUAAAAUAAUAAAAGGCUAAUCAAUAACU